AUGGAGGAAGGUAGCUACUUGAAAAGGUUGGCAAGCAGGAAAACUCGAAGAAAUUUCAGCAUACAUCCUGAAAAUGCAAUUUUUUACGAUUAUUUUAAUAAUUUAAAAAGAAAGGCAAUGGCUCAAGGUAAUACGAAUUUGGUUAUUUCUUUUAAAAAAAUUAUGAGUUCUAUUUUGAUGUACCCCUUACCAAUUAAAAAUAGCCUUGAUGCUUAUAAAUUAAAAGGGGUUGGCAAACAAUUUUCAUUUUAUUUUGAAAAGGCCUUGAAACAAUAUGCGGGAGAUGGGGAAAAGAAGAAUAAUAAUAUCCAUGAUGAUCAUGCAUCAUCGAAUGGAAGCACUUCCAACAUUUACAACCAUAUAAAUAAAGUUAUCACAAGUGUUAACAGAUUUUUAAAAGAACUGGAUAAUGAGGUAUAUAACGUUAAAUUAAUUGGCGAAGAGUCUGAUGAUAGCAUUUUAAGAAACAUUAAGGAGAUCAAAAAUGAUUACUUGAACAGUAAUCAUAAAAAGAGGGGAGGUAACAUGGAUGUGCAGAAAAAUGAAAAGGAAAAAAAAAAAAAUAAAAUAAACAAAGGGAAAAAAGCUAUUCCCAGAAACAGCGAUGGUAGCGAUGGCGACAGGGGUACUCAUCAUAAUCUCCAAACUGAUAACCCCAAACUUGAGGGAAACCACAAGUUCAAUGAAGACAAUAAAAUUUAUAACUUAUUAUAUUGUACUUCAAAUUCUCACGCCUAUAUGAAUAGAGCUAAAUUAAAUGACUACACAGUGAUUUCAGGAAAACCCAUUAACGGAGAGAAUUCUAUUGGUGUAGAUGAGAAGAAAUUAUCCAAAAAAUUGGAUCAUUUUUCUUCUCCUUCUUCUUUUUCUUCUACUUCUUCUUCUUCUCCCAAUGAACAAGAGAAGAGAAAGAGAUUCACUGGAAAAAAUAAGGAAAUUAAAAAAAUCAAAGAAAUAGAAUUAAACCCUUUCGAAAAAAACAUCAUGAGAUUUCUUGAGAGAUAUGGAGAUUUAUAUAACGAUUGUGCAGUAAGCAUGGAAGAAAUAACAAUUGGAUUUUUAAAAUAUUAUCAGAAUACUGAAAAAGUAAAUUUCAGGAAAUUGAGUAGAUUAAUAAAAUUGCAGUUCAUAGAGAAGGUAGAAAUUUAUGAAAGUAAGGCAGUUGUUUCUGGUCGUAUGGUUUUGGUCCCUAAAACUUGCACUUUGGACGAAUCCAACAACACAAUCACCAAUUUUUCUUCUACAUCUAAUGUCUUUUCUCCUCUCAGUGUUUCUAAUUCGAAAAAGAGUAAACUGAAAAUCAUUAACAAGGUUAAGUUGACAACAAAGGGAAGGGAAUUCAUGCACAAAGAGAAGAAGGAUAGAGAGGAAAAGGACAGAGUUGUAUAUGAACAGAGUGGGUGCGCAUGUAUACAUACGCAUGCACACAUAGGGAAUGAAAAAUCUAAUGAACUUGCAACUGAUGUGUUUGAAGAAGAAUUCAAAUCUAUGGACACAGAAGGGGAAGAAAUUAAAAUGAACGAAUCAAAUAAAAAAAUAAAAUCUGAGGAUAGUUUUAAAAGCGUAGAAUAUUUAUCAGAAAAAAUGAACGAAUACGAAGAACAACUAAGGCGAGAAGUUACUUGUAGUGAUACUGAAAAUAAUUACAAAUUUGAAAAUGACAUAAUAAUUCAUGAAAAAAAAUUUGAUGAUUAUUUUUUUCUUAAACAAGGUCCAAAUGAGGACAAGGCAAAUUCAUUGUUUUUGCAGGAUAAACAAAUCGAAAAAGAGGAAAAGAAUACCAAAAAUGAGUACUCACAAAUGGAGAGUCCUUGCAGUUCUGAGAAUGCAAAUUCAAACGAUUCUGUAGAUAAAAAUUGUAAUAUACCAUUUGAAUCAGCUAAAAAGGAUCAGCUGGAUGAUGACCAUACCUAUAGAGAGAAUGAUUAUAAUAUUCAAUGGGGAGCAAGACAAAACUCAGAACAUGUUAUUAACGAAUGGAGCAAUGCACAUAAUUCUUACAGUGCGACAACAAAACCAUGGAGAGAAGAAAAAAAUGAUCUUAUCAAUUUUGAAUUAAAAUUGGAAAGAAAAAAAGAAGAAAUUAGAAAAAACUUAAAAAUCAGUUUGAGGGAAAAAGUACAAAAACAAAAAAAUAAAACAAUGAGUUUAUUCGGCUACGAGGAUCAAUCAACAAGUAACAAUUUUAAUGAGUCACAGAAAUCGCAACCACUAAACAGUUCCUUAUAUGAAAAGAGGAAUAUACAUGAAAAUAAACAGGAAAUUGUAUGUACACAAGGCAGUAUAAACUUAUUAAAUAUUGGCUCCCUGAAUGGAAAUGAUCUAAAGAAUAUGAAAAUAAAAUUGUUCGACAUAUCAGAAGGAGGAAAAAUAGAUAAAUGUAAGGUAGAUUCUGCACUUGAAGGAGUAGCAGAUGUAGAGGAACCAUUUUAUAUUAAGCAAAUAAAUGAAGUUCGAACCUGCAGUCAUGAUCACACAAUAAGUGAAGAUAUAUGUGUAAGUGUGUGUGAAAAUGUUUUUGAAGAUUCUUUUUUUACCAUCGGAUGUGAUCAAAAGGAAGAGAAAGAGCGACAGAACUGCAACGAAGAAGAUAAUGAUAAAUGUGGAGAAAAUGAAUGGCCUAAACAUGAUAAUAUCGAAACGAAUAUUUGCCAAACGAAAAAGAUUAUACAGUGCAAACAGUUUGAUACAAUAGAAGAACGAAAUUUGUUUAUGAACGAGGCAGCAUACAAUGAUGAUGUAAUAGAUUUAUCAUCAGAAAAACAUUUAUGUGAAAAUAGGCAAGAUGGUUCAGAUGCAUAUGAGUAUGGAAAUCUUUUUAAAAAGAAGGAAAAAGGGAGAACAAAUACUUCAUGUGAUAAAAUGGAACAUGACUCGUACCCGGGUAGUGUAGUGAUGGAACUAGGGAAUGAAACAAAAGGGAGGGGUAAAAAAAGAAAAAAGCAUUUAGAUGAAGAAGUGAAGGAAUACCAUGUUAGAGAGAAAAGAACGAAGAAAAAAGAAAGAAAAAAAAUGAAAAACAAUAAAUUAUUUCCCAACAUAUAUCCCAACAUACACGCCAGUGUUGAACCCUCAAUUGACACUCAUCCAAACAGGACAAACAAUGUGACGUAUGGAUCUUAUGAAAUCGUUAUGGUAAUUGACAACAGAGAUAUAUCUGGAUUUGGUAAGGAACUAAAUGAAAAAAUGAAAAAGAUAUUCGCGCGAAACAAUAUAAAAUACAUAACUAGGAAUUUACCGUUAGGUGAUAUCAUCUGGUUGUGCAGGAGAAAAGUUUAUAAUGGAAAUGUGUCCAAAAAAAAGAGUAAAAGUAAAAGAAACAAAUCGAUGCUCGUUGAGCAUAACGAAUUGAGUGGUGAAGGUACAUUAAUGAAUGACAUGAGUAAUAGCAAUACUUACUAUUGUAGUAGAAGUUACGACAAGAAUGGAGAUAGCAAAAAUGGAGAUAACAAAAAUGAAGACGAAGAAAAUGGGGAAUAUGAAGAACAUGUAUUGAAAUGGAUAGUAGAACGGAAAACGUUAAAUGAUUUAAGUGCUAGUAUAAUUGAUGGAAGGUAUGAGGAACAAAAAUAUCGUCUAAUGAGAUCGAAGGGAAUGUCUCAUAUAAUAUAUUUAAUAGAAAAUAGUAAUAAUUCUUUUAAGAACUAUACAAAUACGACUAGAAUUUCAUAUGAAACAUUAUCAAAUGCACAACAUAGUAUUCAAUUGGUUAGUGGUUUUUCCAUAUUGACUAGCCAAAACACGAAACAUACUUUUUUUUUAUUAGCAGAAAUGCAUGCAGAGAUUGUUAAAAAUAUUCAUCGAUUUUGUAACGUCAAAGAAAAUGAGUAUAUAAUGAAUACUGAUAAUAUAACGAUAUACUUAAAAGAUAAUUCAUCCGGAUGGGAACAGUGGAACAAUGAAUCCAAGAAAUCUAAAAAUAACUUAGUCAAAGAAGUGUUUGGAAAGCAACUUCGAUUGAUUAACAUGUGCGGGCCAGAUGCCACAGAACUUAUCUUGUCCCUCUGGCCUACUCCUAUCAAAUUGAAUAUGGCACUAAGUAGAUACACGCACGAUGGUAUUCUGGCCGAGAAAAUUAGGCAAAUUUACUUGAAGGAUCGAGACCUCUUGAGAAAAAGGCGCGUCAAAUGUCCCGUCGACACGAACCUCAUUGCACAGCUGAGACAGAUGUACGCUCCUGACUCUUUUUAA